UUUUAAGUUCCUGGCACUUGCUUGAGUAAAAGAAUCAUUAAUCUAGAAUAUUAGAUUAUUUAGAUCUAUACUAUAGAUACUAUCUAGAUUUAGAAUGUGGAUUUAGACUCUUAAAUACCCUGAAAAUAAUAACUUAAUUCAUAUUCUACUCUGUUCUUACAUCUAUAGUAUAUCUUAAACUUAAUAUCUUUUCAUUCUGUACUAUAACUUUUGGGGCGUUGAGUGUUGGCGUUGGGCUUGAACUUUCGUUGCUGAUGCUUCAUUGCUUGGGAGUUGGGUGAAAUUGAAAAUUAGUAUUAUUUAUAUAAUAUAAAAUAUGGUAGAAUCUAGAAGUUUCUCAACUCAAUAAGUUUAAUAUAACACUGCUGCCCUGCUUAGUUUGUAAGUAUCAAAUCAAGUCUCAAACUCAAAAGGAAUCUCAACACUGGUUAACUUAAUGAGAAAGUGACUGUGUUAUUGUCACAUAACAUCUACUAGAUGAUCUAGAUCUAUUCUAGAUAGACACUAUCAGACCAGCUGUUAGCACAAGAACUGCGAGGCAUUAUGGCAGAGGGGGGAGAUGAAGGGAAAUGGAUACAGAAACAACUUUUAGGUCAAGGUGCCUUUGGCUGCAUAACUCUUUGGCAAAAUGAGAAGACAGAAGAGAAAAUAGCAAUCAAGACUUGUCGUCACAAAGAUGACUUGCCAGAUAAAACAUCAGAUAGAUGGCGAAUGGAAGUGUAUAUUAUGAGUCGGCUGAAUCAUGACAAUGUGAUUAGAUCCGUUAAAUUACCGCAGCAGCUUAUGCCUAGAUCGGGAGAAUUACCCAUUUUAGCCAUGGAAUAUUGUGAAGGUGGUGACCUUAGAAAAGUUUUAAAUCGUCCAGAAAAUUGUUUUGGUUUGAAAGAGUCUGAGAUUCUACAGUUGGUUAGUGGCGUUGGUAGUGCCAUAGAAUAUCUGCACAGUAACCGAAUCAUUCAUAGAGACUUGAAACCAGAAAACAUUGUACUGAAACCACUUGAUCCGAACAAGAUUCUUUACAAAGUUAUUGACCUGGGUUAUGCCAAAGAAUUGGAUGUCAACAGCAUCUGUAACUCAUAUGUUGGAACUAUGCAGUACCUAGCUCCAGAGUUAUUUGUCUCCAAACCGUACACAAAAACUGUAGACUAUUGGUCCUUUGGAAGUUUAGUAUUUGAAUGUAUUGCCGGGUUUAGGCCAUUCUUACCCACGUUGCCACCAGUUGAAUGGCACAAUGUUGUAUGCAAAAAGUCUCCUGAUGAUAUCAAUGCUACUUAUGAUGAGAACAAGGAAAUCAAGUUCUCUAAAAAACUUCCAAACAACCGUCUUUGCAAGGUUUUACAAGACUACUUUGAACAAUGGCUAAGACUGAUGUUGAGGUGGGAUCCCAAGGCCAGAGGGGGAGGAAUCAUUAAUAUCAAAGGGAUUGAAAGACCAAAGUGUUUUUGCUUGUUGGAAAUAUUUACAGAACUCAAGCUAAUACGUAUACUCUAUGUGGAGAUGAAUACAGUCUUGUCCUUCCCAAUCAAUGAGACCCACACCAUACAAGAAGUACAGAAAGCUAUAAGUGUCGAGUUAAACAUACCUCCAGAGCAGCAACUCAUUCUGCUGGCCAAUGGAACAAAGCUUGAACCCAACAACUUUGCACUAGAUGGAUGGAAUGAUCACGCCUCUGAGGACAUAAUUGUUUUCUUAUUUAGAUUAGCUCCCUUACAAUUACCACCAAAGCAUGGCAAGAAACUUCCACCGCAAGUUCAGGCUAUCGCUAAGGAACCUAUGACUCUGCUUCCAACUAAAGAUCAUCGCAAAGCUUGGGCUCAGGCUGUCUACUGGUGUACAGAUGUGAACCAAGAUUAUAAAAGGCUUGUUAUAGCGCACAGAGCAGCCCUCCUGAACUUAAUGAAGAACAUGGCAAGCCUUAACAAAUUGAAAUUUCAACUCUCCAGUGAAAUAGGAAAACUAAUGUCCUGUACGGAUCUCUUCAAGGCAAGUUUGGAGUUUGAUCUUUUAAAAUAUCAAGAAACUUUUAAGGGUAAACCUAUUACUCAAGAUAUAUAUCAUAACUGGAGCUUAAUGGCAGAUACUAUCAAUAAUUACAUUCAUUUAAGAAAAAGAGUUGAAGACUUGGAAGAGAAAGUUCAAAGAUUUGUGAGUGAAUUCAAUGAAAUACAGAAAAAACCAACCACAGGAACUGAGCUGGAGGAAUAUGAAAUGAAAUCCAAAGGUUUAUAUGGGAAACUUUUACAGGUUACACCAGGCAAUGGUUCCUAUGAAAUGAUGAAUCAUCAAAGCAUGGUGGACCUAAUAGGAAGAUGUUUUAUGAAAAGAGAUGAACUAACGAAGAUACUCUACAAACAUCUCAGUACAAUUCUAGAACUUCUAGAGAGACUUGAACCACUCUACCCUGAGAUGGAGACAGCAUCAAAAGAGAUACAGGCAGCUAGCGAACAGCUCAAGUCCAUGCAAUGUAGGCGCCAAGGAGAUCUUUGGGCACUUUUAGCUUGUCAGAGCUAUCCAACUAAUGGAGAGUCCACGCUAGUUCCUUCUGGCAUGACGCACACCAAUACCAGCAUGCACAUUUGUCAGAGUUUUGAAUCUUUACAGCUUAUGGAUGACAGCAAAAACUAUACUCAGAGAUUACAAGAAUUGCUGGAGACUGUGGUGAAAGAACAAGAUGAAAGUCUGAAAUAUUUAAGUUCAUUGAACAGUAACAGCUAGUCACACCACACCAAGCAGUAGAGUCACACCACAUCAAGCAACAGUCACACCACAUCAAGCAACAGUCACACCACAUCAAGCAGUAGAGUCACACUACAUCAAGCAACAGUCACACCACAUCAAGCAGUAGAGUUACACUACAUCAAGCAACAGAGUCACAUCACACCAAGCAGUAGAGUUAUACCACACCAAGCAGUAGAGUCACACCACGUCAAGCAACAGUCACACCACAUCAAGCAACAGAAUGUUAGAUCCCACUGGCAAGUUUAUUGAAAGGAAUAGAGUCACGCCACAUCAUAGAAUGUUAGAUCCCACUGCCAAGUUUAUUGAAAGGAGCAGCCACCCCACAUCAUAGAAUGUUAGAUCCUACUGCCAAGUUUAUUGAAAGGAAUAGAGUCACGCCACAUCAUAGAAUGUUAGAUCCCACUGCCAAGUUUAUUGAAAGGAGCAGCCACCCCACAUCAUAGAAUGUUAGAUCCCACUGCCAAGUUUAUUGAAAGGAAUAGAGUCACGCCGCAUCAUAGAAUGUUAGAUCCCACUGCCAAGUUUAUUGAAAGGAAUAGAGUCACGCCACAUCAUAGAAUGUUAGAUCCCACUGCCAAGUUUAUUGAAAGGAGCAGCCACCCCACAUCAUAGAAUGUUAGAUCCCACUGCCAAGUUUAUUGAAAGGAAUAGAGUCACGCCACAUCAUAGAAUGUUAGAUCCCACUGCCAAGUUUAUUGAAAGGAAUAGAGUCACGCCACAUCAUAGAAUGUUAGAUCCCACUGCCAAGUUUAUUGAAAAGAGCAGCCACCCCACAUCAUAGAAUGUUAGAUCCCACUGCCAAGUUUAUUGAAAGGAAUAGAGUCACGCCACAUCAUAGAAUGUUAGAUCCCACUGCCAAGUUUAUUGAAAGGAAUAGAGUCACGCCGCAUCAUAGAAUGUUAGAUCCCACUGCCAAGUUUAUUGAAAGGAAUAGAGUCACCCCACAUCAUAGAAUGUUAGAUCCCACUGCCAAGUUUAUUGAAAGGAAUAGAGUCACGCCGCAUCAUGCAAUAUUAAACCCUAUGCUCUAGUUCAUUGUUUGUAAUAAUUGUAAUGAGUCACUUCCUGCCUUGUUGUUAUGUUUUAGCCUAUGUUCAGUCAUUUAGACUAGACUGUAUAUUAUGUAAAUAAUCCUUUCAUUCAUGCCAAGUACAUUCUUUUAUAAUUAUAAGCCAUUUAAUGUUGAAAUACUUUUUUUUUUGUAUAGUAAAGAAUGCUGUUCUUCUUUGAAUGUAUAUAAUGAAUACAGGUUUUGUUGUUUUAUUGUAUAUAAAGGCUCAAUCAUGCAAUAUUGUAUUUAUAUAUAUGUAAAUAUCAUAUAGACAUAGUCACUCAUGACUUACCAUGCUGUGUAAUUAUGUAAAUAUUUUUGUAAAAGAUUGUCUUCUGCACAUCUUUGUGUGAUACUUAAAUGGCUGCACCAGGAGUCAAUUGGUCUCAUUUUGUCUCUGGAAUUAAAGCCUCAUUGCAAGCAGAUUUGGAUUUGUUAAUAAUCUGAAGUAUUGAAAUAAGAAACUAGGGACAGUAUUUUGGUAUAGGUAAGUGACAUUAGAAAUUUUCAUUUCUGUCAGGCUUGAGGACUUCAUUGUGUCUUGGUACACUCUUUAGAUUUGAGCUUUUGGGUGUCCAUUUAUUCUAUUAUACCAUUAGGGAGUCUAAAUUACAUCUUUAAUUGUCACACCACAUCAACCAAGUCACACCACAAGGGAGUCUAAAUUACAUCUUUAAUUGUCACACCACAUCAACCAAGUCACACCAUAAGGGAGUCUAAAUUACAUCUUUAAUUGGCACACCACAUCAACCAAGUCACACCACAAGGAAGUCUAAAUUACAUCUUAAUUGGCACACCACAUCAAGCAAGUCACACCACAAGGGAGUCUAAAUUACAUCUUUAAUUGGCACACCAUACCAAGCAACAGUCACACCACAAGGGAGUCUAAAUUACAUCUUUAAUUGUGUAGAUCAAAGUUGGAAAUUCGAAAGUUUAUUUUUAAUCAUUUUUUUAACAAGUGAACAAAUUUGUAUUUUCCAUUCAAUAUAUCAACAAAUGGAGAAACUGGUAUACUCCAUUAAUAGGUUCAACAAGCCCAAGGUAAUAAUUUUGAUGUCCACACUGACCUAUCAAAAAAAAAAAAAAAAAGCUUAUUUCUUGCCAUGAUGCAAAGGUCAAGGGUAAUAUAUUACUUUGUAAAAGCAUGUGCAUAGAUGUCCAUAUUUUGACUAGAACUUCUUCUGGAAAGCUGAGAUGUAAAAGAGUGCUUAUUUAAUGAGCAGCCUAAUGAACAAGAGGGAGACAAAGGAAGUGAUGAAAGGACCACAUUAAGAAAUAGGCUUGUCUAUGUAAGAGACUAUAGUCCUGACAAAAGACAGAAAUGGUGAAAGAUGGUUGACAGAUCAUGUGUGGGGCCUCAACACUCGACUAAAGGACUGGUGAAGCCUAAUCAAUUGUUAGUUUACUUAAACUCAGUAGCUGUAUGUCUUUUUAUUGAUCACAGAAAUAUGUGAAGAGAAAUAUGCUCUAUGGACUUAAAAACAUUGUUUUGUCAUUAGUAUUGUUUUAGAUUUAAUAUUAAACUUGAUGAAGGUUGGGGAUUUCACACAAAAACAGGGCCUUCACAUUAAAACCUAGCACUUAUCAUGCCAUCUUAACCUGUGAUAGAUGUGGACAGGAAUGUCUCUUGAGAAAAGGGCUCCACAGUCACAUGAAAAGUGUUCUACGAGAUGAACCCUAGUCUUUCUACAACUGAACGAGGCCAACUAUGUAUAUCAUUGAAAAAGUUUGCACUAUUUUUGUCUCUCUCUAUUUGUCAAUGUAAAGUAAAGGUCCCCUUUCAGACCUUUUGGUCUAUAGGGCAGAUGAUGUAAAGGUCAUCUGAUUCUGUGGCCUACGGUUAACGAGGGUGUCAUGUGACCAGCACAACGACCAAACGCCUUUACUUUUCCCCAACUAAUGUCAGGUACCCUUUAGAGCUUGGGUGGACUCAGAGGCACCCAAGGAUCCUGAAAUAAAAAUUCCCCGGUUCAGAAGCCAAUCGCUUUACCACUCAGCCACCGCGCCUAUUUGUCAAUGAGUUUUGCACUAUUUUGUAGGUGUUAUUUGUCACUCAUCCAUGUGCUGGCAUAUCUUGUCUAUCAAUAUCCUUUUUGUAUUGCCUUGUGUGAUGUGUGCUAACACAAUUAUUAACUAAAUGAUGCCCUAGAUCUUCAUUUUGUUCUAGUCUCAUGAGAAAAUUAUGAACCUAGUAGAUAACAGUAACUUAAUGACACAUUCUUUGUAAAUUAUACAUUGUUUGUAUAGAAGUGUUGUUGAGCUCUUAAAAGUAUAAAAAUAUUGUAUACUGUUUUAAACUUACGAUUGUUGUUGGACUGUGCGGACAUUCUACAGAGCUGUGUUGUUGUUUUUUUUUACAAUUUUUACAAAAUGUGUAAUAGUGAACUACUUUGAGAUAAAUAUAUUUAGCAGAAUGUAUGCUGUUGGUGAAAAGUAAAUUGAUUUGUCAGAAUGUGUGAUUGUGGUCAACUUAGAAAUACAUCUACCUGUCAGAAAGUAGAUCUCAGCUUUUAGAACUCUCAUCUCAUUGUUUUAACUUUGUUCAAAUAAAUACAUCAAAGCAAAUAA